ACAUUUUUGGGCCAGUGUAACAAAGUUCUCAACAAAUUCAUAAUGCUAAUUGCCUGGCCAAAUGUUUGUGCCUACCAAAUUUCCACUUGUCAUCUUGAGUUGAUGGCUCACUUAAUUCACGAGCUAUUUCAAAACGAGUUAAGGCCGUGACGCCUACACCUGUAGCCAGUUAGUCGUUGAGAGCAUGAAGUGGACAACGGGUCUGCUCUUGGCGGUGGGGCUGCUCACCCUACCAAUCCCGGGACUUACCACUCGAAAUCUGACGGAAUUCAUGGGACAUCGACAGAAACGCUGGCUGAUCUACCAGAAUAGUGGGUCCUUGAAGUUCAGUAUUGGUCCAUCGAUGCCCCUUCCCUUGGAGGAUAAGGUGUCCUUCCGUUCCUGUGUGCUCUCCUACACGCUCCAAGGUGGAUCCUAUUCGCUGCCUAGCUCACCAAUCUGGCCCUGGGAUAAGUGGGAAGGCACCUUCGCCCGUUCCUUGACGCAAAUGCGAAAGAAUAUCGAGCGCCAUGUGGCCAAUGGCGGAGUGCGAUAUGCGGACGAUGCCAGGCUCCUGGUUUACACUGCUCUGGAGGAGUAUAUGGGCAGGAGGAACAAUGACCUUUCCGUUGGCAGACAAUGCCUGCUGCGCUCCAUCUGCGAGAAUGCUCAGAUCCAUCAUCACAUCGGUGUGUUUUCGGAAAUUAUGGAUAUCGUACUCAGUCCCGGCAAAGCGGAUCUGGACAAUGCCUACCAUGAGGCCUAUGCCGCGGGAAGAGCUGGAGCCAAUUGCUUAGGCCUGUACAGGACCUGUCCUCGGGGCUCCAACUUCCUCGACGGGCUUUUGAUUGCGGAAGAUGAUUGAUUUACUGCUGCUCCUGCUGUUGCUGCUGCGGAUUACUGUGGAGUACGGAAGAGAAUGGGGAUCCGCAAUAAAGUUUUCAACCAAAUCAAAGUGCAUGUCUAAUGGUUCUUGUCCUGAUGUCGGAUUCCGCUUGUUCUUGCAGCAUAAUUUGGGGCGGAAAUGCACGGAAGCAUGUCUGAGGGGGGCAGGAAACUGUGUUGACUCGGCUCCAGGAUGAGCAUGUGUGCACAUGGAUGCAGGCAACCCACAUGUUUGAGGGUUUAUGCGGGCGUCUUGCUCUAAAAACUCCUCAUUGUAGAAACUAAAUAUAAAUAAAUGAUAAUCUUCGUGGUUCGCUCACAAUAAAAUAGAAAACU